AUGAAGAUACCGUCUCGCUUGUGGAUCAAAAUACUUUCUUUGCUCUGGAUAUGGUGUGAGGUUGUGGCAGUCACUCAUCUUUCACAAGAUGAUAUUUCCCUCCUUCAGGAUGAAGACGACCCCAAAUGUUUCACAAAGACAGAAGAGGAUUUUACCUGUUUUUUUGAGACCACAGAUAAUGGGAUUUAUGAUAUGUUCUACAGCAUUGGCGAACAGUCUGGGGAUAAAAGAUGUGAUAUGUUGACCCAGAGGAAGAAAGAAGGAAUGUUUUUACACAUCUGCUCAUUUCCUUAUUUGGAUGUCAUCUCAUAUGUUGAUAUACACCUUCAUGUGGUGGAGCGCAAUGCCAACACCAGCAUCUACAGUCGCAUUGUCAGUGUGGAAGAUCACAUUCUCUUGAAUGCACCCUUAAAUGUUUCUUUACACCAUGAUGGCAAAGCUGGACAGUUACGGGUUAAAUGUUUCACAAAUGUGCCAAAAUACUGGGAGGAAAAGCUACGAUAUAGGAUCGGAUACACUUCCAAGGGACUUGAAGAAAGGAUAAAAGAGGGGAGUGGCAAAGGGGAUGACUCAUUAGUGUCUGUAGUGCCAGGCGAAGAGGUCCAAAUCAGGGUCGCUGUCAAGUGUGGAAAUAUUGAGAGUGCAGGGCACUGGAGCCAUUGGUCAAACCCUGUGAGGGAUGUGGCGCCACAAAGUGCAGAUGACAUCUCACUCAAAUGCUACACCUCGGAUCUUCAAAUGAUCACCUGUCGGUGGAACAGCAGCAAAUACAGCCAACCAAAUGCUUGCAGAUUUUUCAGUAAGAUUCAUAUCAGUGAGUCUUUGGGCUGGACUGAUUGGACAGAAUGUCUGCAUGAUGGGAACUUGACUGACCAGUGCAGUUUCCAGGGAGAUGAGUACAAAAAAGUCAAAGUCAAACUCACUAUUGCUGCCAUUCCGCUCACGAGGACAUUUUAUACCCAAGAGUUCCUUUUGAAAAACAUCAUCAAAACAUACCCUCCAGCUCAUCUGAGAGGAUCGCUGGAAAAAGAUAAGUUAUGCUUGAAGUGGGAAGCUCCUCUUAUGACUCUGUCAUCCCAUCUGAAAUAUGAAGUCGGCUGCCAAUUCAAAAACAGCAAAGCAUGGCUGGUGAUUUCCCCCAAGGGCUCAGCAACUGAUGCAUGUCUGGAAGCUCCCCCAAGUAUCAAGUACAAAGUGAAGGUUAGAACUAAACCAAAUGGAUCCAUUUAUUCUGGCCACUGGAGUGAAUGGUCAGAUGUUCUUACUGGGAAAACCCCUACUGACCUAGACACUUUGCUCAUGAUUUGUAUCCCUGCCACACUGCUCAUAACUACUGUUGUCCUCAUCUCUUUGGGAUUUACUUACUUCAGGAAACUCAAGCAAUGCUUUUGGCCCCCAGUGCCGAACCUUGAUAAAGUUCUUCAAGGCUUUCUUGCCGAAAUGAACUUGCAGAAAUGGGACCCUCCAGACACUGCAAAGCAAUACUGCGAGGAAGCCACUUCUUCUGUAGUCGAGGUCAUGUCCCAGGAUGAGGUCUCAGGUUUGGCUAAAGCAUGCGAGGAAUUUUCACAGCUUCUGUCGUCAGAGCAAGGCCACCAUACGGGAGACCAGCAAGAGGGAAAUCCUAGAACAGAACUGAAAUUGUUUCCAGACUAUGUGACUCUGAACAGAGAAAGUGUCACUAUUUGCUCAACGGGAAACAAGUAUGUCUGUGAGCAGCUUGGGGACAAGAUAAGAGAUCCAGGGGUACAGGGGGAGAUUCUUUCAAAAACACGUCACUGUUUCUGCACUGACGAUUCUGUGCAUAUCCCCGAUUGCUUCGACACCAAUCUCCUAAAUCAUUCCUACUUGCCACUUUCUGAGCCUGUAUUUGGAGUCCAUGAGAAGUACACUUGUCCAAGGGGGCCUGGAAAUCUUUAUACUAAUUUAACUUGCAGCUAA